AUGGACUGGAUGAGGGAGAUGAGCUCGCAGCAUCCAGACGCCAGAGGAGGCUGGAAGCCCAAGCCCCUCUCAGCGCUACGCCGUCCUUCUUCGCUCCUCAAACCCACCAACCCCACCACUCCACCCCACCGAACUACCCCACACCCCAACGAAGAACCUCUCCACCGAAUCCCGAUCACCUACUCUACUAUCGCAGCUAGAGUUCUCUCGUUCCAUAGACAAGUGCUUACCGACGUCACUCCUCUCCAGCUGGCCCAGAAUGGCUUGUACUGCAAGCCUUCUCCAAGAUCUGGCGGAUCAGCGUGUUGUUUCGCCUGCGGAUCGAGCAGGCCCUUGUACACACUCCAGAAUAAUCCCAUCGAGGAGACGCAGCAGCUACACUUAGCAGACUGUAUAUGGCUGAUCAUCUGUCGUGAUCUUAGGCCUGUCUUUGAAACACCCGACCUUUGCACCCACUCAAGUCUCGCAUCUCCAUCACCUCAACAACCACAUCCAGAAACAGUGCCAGCAUCCACUCCGCCCGAUGAACCUUCAAUCAUGGACAUUGAUUCAGCCGCCGAACAGUCCUCCACGAUACCUGAAUCGGGAACACAAAAUCCUCAGCCCACUUGCUCUGAAGAAGCCUCUCAGACUCCUAACCUCGCCUCUCACCAUCCCACGCUACAUCCACACCAGACCAACGACCCACCUAUGCCUCGGUUCUCCAAUGCCCCAAAUCUCCUCAUCCGCAACCGACUUCUAAGACCUACUACACCGCACGAUCUCUUAAACGCACGCUCACAAUCGAAGACCUUUAUCUCCGUUUCCACAAUAAACCAUCGCCAUUCAAACUCGACAAGAAAUCUUGCAAAAGCCAAGCUAAUCGAACUCGAGCUCGGGCUCGCAAUCAGAACGCAACUGCCACACGGUCACUCACAAAAUUCUUGA